CUUCUAGGUUACAUUGUAUGGUUGAGGCAGUUUAAAGCAAGAAGUUUGAAGGCAAAUUGCAACCGCAAUCGAACAUGAUCGCUUCGGGAAGUAACAUGUGGCUGCUGCCGUCGAUCGUAAUUUUCUGGUGUCUCUCGGUGGUGGCCUGUACCGAUUCACCGUUAAAGUGUCGCCAUGCGGCCUCCAAAAACUGUAUCCUGCAAAACGUGAACUACGUCCAGUAUCAGCGGCUGCCACAGCUUCCGAAUCUGGCAGACAAACACACGCUGCAGAUAAGAUCAGGUAAUAUCGUACGAUUUUCCAAGGAAUUUUCCGACAGCCUUGGCGUCGGUGUUACCAAGAUUCUGCUCGGUCGACUGGAGAUCAAGUCGCUGUACGUGAAACCGACCUGGCGCUAUCUGAGUGCCGAGAGCAAUAAAAUCGAGGAACUUAUUGUGGAUGAUUUGGAUGAAAAAUUGGCUCAAGCCGAUGAACCGCAAGAAGAUGUGGAAAGCGUCACUGAAGCAAUAGAAGAAGAACCUCGGGAGAAUUCUGCCGAAUCUGGGGUCUAUGAAAUUCAAUAUCUCAGUCUGAAGGACAACCAGCUUCGGAGCAUUCGAGAGGUGUCAGCUUUCCGAAAGUUGAAGGAGCUUCUUCUGGACCGAAAUCAAAUUGACUAUCUGGAGAUGGACACGUUCCGUGGAAUGAAUUUGUUGAAGAGACUUUCUCUUGCAGAAAACAAACUCACCCACAUUGUCACCAGCGGAGGUAUUGUGUUGCCGACGAUGGAGUUUCUGUCAUUGCGAUCGAACCAGUUGCCGUAUUUGUCCGUCAAGAACUGGACGAUGCUUCAGCUAACAGAUCUAGAGCUUAGUCAUAACCAGCUGGUGACGCUGGACGUCGAAAACUUCGACCAGUUUGUGAGUCUGGAGAAUUUGGCCAUGGCCAGCAACCGAUGGUACUGCUUCUGGUUGAACAAAGCUCUGAACAAACUAGCGUUGAAGUACAUUACCCUCAGCGAUCACGACGAAGAAUGCUCUGCGAUGCCCAUCGAGGGCAUUUGCUGCAGCAUGACUGGGGUGGCCGAAGAUCAGUCAACGUUCGGCAAUCUAUUCGAUCGAAUCAACAACCUCAACAAUGCGCAGGCGCUGAUGCAGAAACAGACCGAGCUCAAGGUGAAACAAUUCGAAGACGGUUGGAAACAGACAUUCAACAGGCUGCAGGAUACGGUGAAAGCUCGUCUCAAGAAACUGGAACCGGCUAGCCGAGAUACGGAAAAAAUUAUGCAAAGUGACGUGAACCGGAUGUUGGACGAUUUGGAUGACCUGAAUCAUUCGUUAGACACGUUAAAGUCGCUCGGCAAGGAGCAUGCCGAAUUUGAGCGAAAAUUCACCAAAAUGCACUACAUGGUGAUCGAGGCCAAAAACAAUCUAUUCUCAGCGAUGCGAAACGCUAGCAAGCUGAAGCAGGAGAUGGAGAACUUUGAACAAGAAAUUUGAUCUUAAUUUCAUUUGAAAAAAAAGGUGAAAAUUUAAUAUCCAAAGUUUACUCAAUAAACAGUUAGUGAAAAUUCAAAA